AUGCGCAUCUUUUCCUUCCCUCAAGCUAUUACUCUAGUUUUGCUGGCUUUGCUACCGGCUGUUCUGGGCUCGCCGAUUCUGCGUAAGAGGACGAAGGGCGUCUUCUUGGGUCUUAAUACCGAUUUUCCAGAUCCCAGUUUCUUGAAAGCUGCUGAUGGGGUUUGGUAUGCUUUCGGCACUAAUGGAAAUGGACACCGUAUUCAAGUUGCACGUUCUGAGGACUUUUCUUCGUGGACUUUGUUGGAUAUUGAGGCUCUCCCUACACUCUCGUCUUGGGAAACUGAGAAUAAUCACUAUGCACCGGAUGUGAUUCUGCGAGCUGAUGGCAAGUAUGUUAUGUACUAUGCUGGUGAAGCUAAAGCGAAACUUGACCACCACUGCAUUGGCACUGCUGUUGCCGAUCUGCCUACGGGCCCGUAUGUGCCUAGUGAUACACCCCUCUCAUGCAGACUCGAUCAAGGCGGCUCUAUCGACGCAGCAGGCUUUCUAGACAAAGAUGGCUCUCGCUACGUCGUUUUCAAAGUAGAUGGCAACAGUAUUGGCCAUGGAGGUGACUGCAACAAUGCUGUCGAUCCCCUCGUCGGCACACCAAUCAUGCUCCAAAAGGUCGAAGCGGACGGCAUCACGCCAAUCGGCGACGCAGUCCAAAUCUUAGACCGUAACACUGCUGACGGCGACGGACCACUCGUCGAGGCGCCUAGUCUGCUUUUGCAUGGUGAUACCUACUUCCUCUUCUACUCGACACAUUGCUUUACCGAUUCCACCUAUGAUGUGCGGUAUGCCACUUCUAAGAGCAUUACGGGCCCUUUCACCAAGAACAAUGAGGAGUUUAUCAAGACUGGUGAUUAUGGUCUUACUUCACCUGGUGGUGGGACUGUUUGUGGUUGUGGUGAUCGCAUGUUGCUUCAUGGUUGGUGUAAUGAGGCUAAGACUGAACGCUGCAUGUAUGUGGCGGAUCUGAAUCUUAGUGGGACUGUUGCUACUAUCCUUUGA